ACCGUACACAUCUACUUUCUGGGCUCACUCGCUCACUUGACAUGUUCAUCGAAACUUCCAGUAGAUGCUCCGCUAAUUUGCUUGCGGUCGUCUGGGAAGUGGGAGCAGAACACCCGGAAAAGGACGCUCUUUUCCGGCGUCUAAGACAGCACAACAGCCGGUGGAAGAAUAUGUCUCCGUGUAAAUAGAGGCGACGCGGAGGUCGAGGAUGGCGGCAGACGUGGACAACACGAUCCGCAACGAGGUGCGCUAUGAUGGGCAAAACAGACUGCAGCGUCGGUGCUCUGGAUCCUGGAGGUCCACACGGAUGUGUACUCUGCUCCUGGUUCUUGCAGUCCCCCUUCUGGCUUGGGGGAUCAAGUAUUAUCAAGAUGCACAGCUCCUGAAGCGACAUGAGGAGAGCGUUCGAACUCUGGGUCCUGAGGGACUUUUUCUUUUCUCCUCCUUGGACGCCAACCAUGAUCUCUAUCUCAGCCCAGAGGAGUUUAAACCAAUUGUGGAGAAACUCACAGGAAUUAUUCCUCCGGGCGACAUUGAGGAGGACGUGAUUGAAGACCCUAAUGGAGAGACGUUAACAUUAGAGGCUCAAAUGAAGCCUCUGCUUCUGGACUCUAUGACAAAAAGCAAGGAUGGCUUCCUCGGGGUUUCUCACAGCUGCCUGAGUGGUCUGCGCUCAUGGAAGAGUCCAACCGUCCCUUAUUCAUCCUUCUUCGCCAGCCAGUUCAGGGUCUUUCUCCCCCCUAAAGGCAAGAUGGAGGUUGGAGACACAUGGUGGGUGAUCCCCAGUGAGCUUAACAUCUUUACUGGGUACCUGCCCAACAAUCGCUACCACCCUCCCACACCAAAGGGCAAAGAGGUUCUCAUCCACUCGCUGCUGAGUAUGUUUCACCCUCGACCAUUCAUCAAGUCCCGCUUUGCACCUCAGGGCACUGUUGCAUGCAUACGUGCCAGCAACGACUUUUAUUAUGACAUUGUAUUCAGGAUUCACGCAGAGUUCCAGCUCAAUGACGUGCCAAACUUUCCCUUUUGGUUCACGCCGGGCCAAUUCACCGGCAACGUCGUGAUCGCUAAGGACGCUUCUCACGUGCGACAUUUCCACCUUUACGUCCCGAGUGACAGGUCUCUAAAUGUAGACAUGGAGUGGCUAUACGGUGCCAGUGAGAGCAGCAACAUGGAGGUGGACAUUGGGUACCUACCGCAGCUGGAGCUGCAGUCCUCUGGCCCAUCCACCCCCUCCGUCAUCGUGGACGAGGAGGGUAACGUCAUCGACAGCCGAGGCGGCGACACCGAACCUAUCCAGUUUGUUUUUGAGGACAUCAACUGGACAACAGAGAUCAAUCGUCAAGAAACCACCCGCCGCCUGGAGCUCACCCUUUACCCCUUCAAGAAGGUGUCCUACUUGCCUUUUUCUGAGGCCUUCCAGCAAGCCGAGGCAGAGAAAAAGCUGGUGCAUUCCAUUCUGCUUUGGGGAGCAUUAGAUGACCAGUCCUGCUGAGGUUCCGGGCGAACUCUCCGGGAGACUGUUCUGGAAAGUUCGCCCGUGCUGGCUCUGCUGAACCAGAGUUUUGUGAGCAGCUGGUCUCUGGUCAGAGAGCUGGAGAACAUGCAGGAUGAUGAGCAUAGCCCCACACUGAGUGAAAGGGCUCGCCUGCACCUUGAGAAGUACACGUUCCCUGUGGAGAUGAUGGUCGCACUGCCGAAUGGAACCAUAGUCCAUCACAUUAAUGCUAAUUUCUUCCUGGACCAGACGGCCAUGAAGCCUGAACAGGAGGGGGAGGGAAACACUUUCAGCUUCUCUGCAGGGUUUGAAGAUCCCUCCACCUCCACUUACAUCAGCUUCCUGAAGGAGGGACUGGAGAGGGCCAAGCAGUAUAUGGCACAGUAGAGUGUACGUGCGGUCAUUCCUGUGAUAAUUGAACUGAGUAGAAUCCCCCAAAAUGUAAGCAGUGACACAUUGAGCGCUGCUAUUAUUAUAAAAGCACACAGAAACGAGGAGCGUUGACCUUUUGCGCACCAUGUUUGCUAAUGUGUCACCCAGUGGCGGCGUAGCCUCCCUCCUAGGCGUUUCUCAGCCGUUUGUGACGGUUCUGCCUGAAAGCUCUUCUCGGGGCGGGUAGCGCCUGAUGAUUGCCGCUGACGAGGCGUCCUGGAGGAAAUGUCUAAGUCCAAGUUAAGUCCAACCUCUGGGGGACAGAAACAGCAGGAAAUGUCUUUUUAAUCAGUUGGCGGCGCACAAAGUUAAACAUCGACCGCGAAUCGAGUUAAUUAGAGGAAAUUCACUACGCCAAAGAAUACUUCCUACAAUUUGUAACUCAUUUUGACUGCAGAGCGCAACAAGUUGCCUGCUUCAAGAAGCAAACAUGUAGCUGUUAAUUACACAGAAGUUAUUGCUCUUUUUCUCCCGGUCACAAAAAACUGCAAUCUGUGACUGCUUUAAAUUGGAUAAUUUGACACGAAACACUGUGAUUCUGUAUUUUUUCAUUGUACAGGACACAAUAAAUCAGUUUUUUUUACACGCCAAUAACAUGUGAAGUAGCACUGUUUAGUGUAAUCCUAUCACACAGAGCGAAUAUUAAGUUUAGCUGAGAGAUCUAAAAAUAUAUAUUUUUGUGCUUGUAGUCAUUUUGGAGGAACAUUUUGGGUGUAUUUUCUCUUUAAAAUGCAGAAUCUGUAUAUGUAGGAGUUAAUACACACUAUUUUACUCUUAACAGCAUUUGAAAAUAAAAAUGAAGACAAAAUAGCAGCUAUGUAUGGCAGAGAUGAUUAUCCAGUGAUAGGCUUUAUUGUAUGCACAUCUAUUAAUGGCAAGCAUUAGGAUACAUGAUAAUACAUGAGUAUUAUUAUGUAUGCUGAAUAAGAUUCUGUCCGUGAGUGUUUACUAACCUCCUAUGGGACUGGGGAUGCAGGUCUGUUCACAUGAUAAAUAAAUGACUGAUUCACAAAUGAAAGCCAAGUGCAAAAGUCUCUGGUGCUGACAGGAAACAAAUCACCCAUUAAAACUUCUCUUCAGGCAGCGAGCGCUCCAAAGUCCAAACUCGUCCCCAAACCGGUACCGUGUGUCAUCACGGCCAUGCUUGAUUGGUUUCAACGCCGCCCAGACUCUCUCAGCUGAACGUCCACACUUCCAGCUCCAUGAUCCGGAAGUCGUCGGUUCCAGAGAGCGAACAGUUGUUGAAGGUGUAACAGGGGCUGCUGCGGCCCAGAUACAGAUUCUCAUCCACCCACAGACCAAAGUGACCACUGUGGAGAAAGAUUAGAAUUAGAACGUGCAACUAUUUCAUUCAAUCUAAUGAGAUCUAGUACAAGAGCUGUAUCCUAAAUUAAUAGUAACAACAAUAUAUUAAUAAUGAUGUACCGUAUUUUCCGCACUAUAAGGCGCACCGGAUUAUAAGGCGCACCUUCAAUGAAUGGCCUAUUUUAAAACUUUGUUCAUAUAUAAGGUGCACCGCAUUAUAAGGCGCAUAGAAUAGACGCUACAGUAGAGGCUGGGGUUACGUCAUGCAUCCAUUAGAUGGAGCUGCGCUAAAGAGAAUGUCAAUAAAACAGGUCAGUCAAACUUUAUUAAUAGAUUACAAACCAGCAUUCUGACAACUCCGUUCACUCCCAAAAUGAAUAAACAGCUGUUUUAUUAUUUUCCCCGAGGUAAAGUCAGUGACGUGGUAUUUCGUUUAUCUUUUCACAACAGCAAGGUAUAACAUGUAGUGCAACAUUUAUAUCACAUAAUAGAGGGGAACUUUUCCUCGAUUCAAUAAACAUGUAAAAAACCGUCUGAUACUGUUACGGUAAAUCAAACGUUGGUGCAAUCACAAUAUAAUAACUCUCGAAAUAGUACAAAGCAAUAACAAUAUCAAUAACUCAACGUUGCUCAAACGUUAAUGUCACACAACACAACACAAAAUAAACAUGUAAAGCUCACUUUAUUAAGUUAUUCCUCAUCCACAAAUCCCUCAAAUUCUUCUUCUUCAAUGUCCGAAUUAAACAGUUGGGCGAAUACAGCAUCCAACAUGCCCGGCUCCGUCUCGUCGAAGUCGUCAUUAAUGGAGUCAGUGUCGUUGCUGCUGUCUAGCAGUUCAGUGACAAUUCCUGCCUUCCUGAAAGCGUGUCUCUUAAUAGGAGCCAUUUUAGGGUCUUUACAUAAACACAAAUGGAAAUGAAAACGGCACGCCUCGCGCAGUCAUAUAUCCCAGCAUGCACAGCGCGCUUCUUCUACGGGGGAAAAUUAAGUCGGCAGCUGCUUACCGUAGUUGCGAGACCUGUUGUGGCUCAAUAUUGGUCCAUAUAUAAGGCGCACCGGAUUAUAAGGCGCACUGUCAGCUUUUGAGAAAAUUGGAGGUUUUUAUGUGCGCCUUGUAGUGCGGAAAAUACGGUCCAACUUAGUCCCUCUAGACCAGGGUUUUUCAACCUUUUUUUCAGCCAAGGGACAUUUCUUGCGUUGAAAAAAUCCGGAGGCACACCACCAGCAGAAAUCAUUAAAAAACAAAACUCAGUUGACAGUAAAAAGUCGUCGUCGCAAUUGUUGGAUAUGACUUUAAACCAUAACCAACCAUGCAUCAAUAUAGCUCUUGUCUCAAAGUAGGUGUACUGUCACCACCUGUCACAUCACGCCGUGACUUAUUUUGAGUUUUUUGCUGUUUUCCUGUGUGUAGUGUUUUAGUUCUUGUCUUGCGCUCCUAUUUUGGUGGCUUUUUCUCUUUUUUUGGUAUUUUCCUGUAGCAGUUUCAUGUCUUCCUUGGAGGGAUAUUUCUCGCAUCUACUUUGUUUUAGCAUUUAAGAACAUUUCAGUUUUUAUCCUUCUUUGUGGGGACAUUGUUGAUUGUCAUGUCAUGUUCGGAUGUACUUUGUGGAGGCCGUCUUUGCUCCACCGUAAGUCUUUGCUGUCGUCCAGCAUUCUGUAUUUGUUUACUUUGUAGCCAGUUCAGUUUUAGUUUCGUUCUGCAUAGCCUUCCCUAAGCUUCAAUACCUUUCUACUUUUUUGCACACUCUUGGCAUUCUCUCGAUGGGCUUCAAGAGGUAGUCACCUGAAAUGGUUUUCACUUGAAGUGCUUGAAGUUCAUCGAGAGAAUGCCAAGAGUGUGCAAAGCAGUAAUUUAGAGCAAAGGGUGGCUAUUUUGAAAAAACUAGAAUAUAAAACAAGUUUUCAGUUAUUUCACCUUUUGUUGUUAAGUACAUAACUCCACAUGUGUUCAUUCAUAGUUUUGAUGCCUUCAGUGACAAUCUACAAUGUAAAUAGUCAUGAAAAUAAAGAAAACGCAUUGAAUGAGGAUAAGGUGUGUCCAAGCUUUUGGCCUGUACUGUACAUGCUCAAAAGUUAUACCUGACCACGUAGUGCUUCAAGUCCAAGAUUGGCACAC